AUGCAUCGACUAGUACAGCUGAUACUAGCUCGAGCAGUGAUAAUUUGUAUUCUGAAUUCCCCAUCGGUGAAUACGAAAACUGGGAAAGAUGCCGGUCGCUCUUUCUAUACGUUAAAUCGGCGAUAUCACAGCGGCCGAAAUCCUAGGACUGCCAACGACGAUGGGCUACGCUACUUUAUCGAGGUGUAUGGUACGCGUGGCAAAGGAAGAGUGGCCAUACUUGGAGUAGAUGAUGAAGACGCUCUUAAUAGCACUAGACUACUAGCUAUUAUUUAUUCGCUAGAAGGAAAGUAUGAGGAGGCAGAGCAGCUCGAGGUGUAG